AUGGCUGGGCAGCGGGUGCUGCUUCUAGUGGGCUUCUUUUACCCUGGGAUCCUGCUCUCAGAGGCUGCCAAAAUCCUGACAGUAUCUACAAUGGGUGGAAGCCAUUAUCUGCUGAUGGACCGGGUGUCUCAGAUUCUGCAAGAUCAUGGUCACAAUGUCACCAUGCUUAACAAGAGAGGAAAUUCUUUGAUGUCAGGAAUAUUUGAAAACUUAUUGAAGGUGAAGGAACAACUGGGGUUUCAGUGCAGUCAUUUGCUAAGCAGAAGGGAUAUCAUGGAUUCCUUAGAGAAUGAGAACUUCGAACUGGUGAUAAUUGAAAGUUUUGACUACUGUCCUUUCCUGAUCACUGAGAAGCUUCGGAAGCCAUUUGUGUCCAUUCUCACCACCUCAUUUGCCAUUUUGGACUUUGGGCUACCAAGUCCCUUGUCUUAUGUUCCAGUGUACAGUUCCUUGUUAACUGACCACAUGGACUUCUGGGGCCGAGUGAGGAACUUUGUGACUUUCUUCACUUUCUCCAGGCGACAAUGGCAAGUUCAGUCUAUGUUUGACAACACCAUCAAGGAGCACUUCCCAGAAGGCUCGAGGCCGGUUUUAUCUCAUCUUCUACUGAAAGCAGAGCUGUGGUUUGUUAACUCUGACUUUGCCUUUGAUUUUGCCCGGCCCCUACUUCCCAACACUGUCUAUGUUGGAGGCUUAAUGGCCAAACCUACUAAACCAGUACCACAAGACUUGGAGAACUUCAUUGCCAAGUUUGGGGACUCUGGUUUUGUGCUUGUGACUAUGGGCUCCAUGGUGAACAUCGAUAACUUCAAGGAAGUCCUUAAAGAGCUGAACAGUGCCUUUGCCCACCUUCCCCAAGGGGUGAUAUGGAGAUGUAAGCAUUCCCAUUGGCCCAAAGAUGUCAACGUGGCCCCAAAUGUGAAACUCAUGGAGUGGCUUCCUCAGAGUGACCUCCUGGCUCACCCCCGCAUCCGUCUGUUUGUCACCCAUGGCGGGCAGAACAGCAUCAUGGAGGCUAUCCAGCAUGGUGUGCCCUUGGUGGGCAUCCCUGUCUUUGGAGAUCAGUCUGAAAAUAUGGUUCGAGUAGAAGCCAAAAAGAUUGGUGUCUCUGUUGAGUUAAAGGAGCUCAAGGCAGAGACGUUGGCUCUGAAGAUGAAACAAAUCAUAGAAGACAAGAGGUACAAGUCCGCAGCGGUGGCGGCCAGCCUCAUCCGGCGCUCACACCCCCAGAGCCCCGCCCAGCGACUAGUGGGUUGGAUCGACCACAUCCUGCAGACAGGGGGCGCUGCGCACCUCAAGCCCCGCGCCUUCCAGCAGCCCUGGCAUGAGCGGCACCUGUUGGACGUGCUGGGGUUCCUGCUGGGGCUCACUCUGGGCACCCUGUGGCUUUGUGGGAAGCUGCUGGGCGCAGCAUGCAGGUGGCUGCCCCGGGCCAGGAAGCUGAAGGAGACGUGA